GUUCCCCGGCGGGGCGGAGGCGGCGGAGAAGCGGCGGCGGGGGGAACGAUGACCCAGCGCUGGGAGCCGCGUCCCGCCUCGCCGCUGGACCAGGAGCUGGAGGCGCUCGGGUGGUACCAUGAUAAUCUCACCCGGCACGCAGCAGAAGCGCUGCUGCUUUCCAACGGGCAGGAUGGCAGCUAUCUUUUGAGGAAGAGUAAUGAAAGGGAAGAUUUGUACUCCCUCUCCGUAAGGGGAAAAGAUUCUGUGAAACACUUCCAUAUUGAACAUACAGGAACUUCAUUCAAAUUUGGGUUUAAUGAAUUUUCUAGCUUGAAGGAAUUGGUCAUGCAUUUUGCCAACCAGCCUUUAAUUGGAAGUGAAACAGGAACCUUAAUUGUAUUGAAGCAUCCCUACCCACGGCAAGUGGAAGAACCUUCCAUUUAUGAGUCCGUCCGAGUUCACACUGCAAUGCAGACGGGAAGGACGGAAAGUGAUCUUGUUCCAAAUGCUCCCUCACUUGGUACAAAAGAAGGAUAUUUGGUAAAACAAGGGAAAAUAGUUAAGAACUGGAAGACAAGGUGGUUUACACUGCAUAGGAAUGAACUUAAGUAUUUCAAAGACCAGACAGCCACAGAACCAAUUCGGGCACUUGACUUAACUGAAUGCUCAGCUGUGCAAUUUGACUAUUCCCAGGAAAGAGUCAAUUGUUUCUGUUUAGUGUUCCCACUAAGGACAUACUACUUGUGCGCAAAAACUGGAAUAGAAGCUGAUGAGUGGAUUAAAAUACUGCGAUGGAAACUGUCACAAAUACGGAAGCAGCUGGAGGAGCGCAACGCCACCCUCAGUUCCUAGCUGUGCCGCCAGCACUGCUCCGUUGGCAGGAAUUGCCUCUCUGCCACGGGAAGGUAGCGCUUACCAAAAGACAGUUUCACAUGUCACGGUGAGUGUGCGCCUUCACCCAGCUCUGCACACAAAGGAUCCCCACAGCCGAGUCACGCAUGGAGACUGCUGCAAAACCAGUGUUGGUUUGAGAUGGUGUAUGCCUGUAAUGCACUUAAUAUCCAAACAUCUGUUAACUAAUCACAGAAGUAGUCACUGCUGAAAACUUCUGUGGUUAUUCAGAGCACUCUUGUUAAUUUAUUGCAAGCUCCAUCGCAGCUAACCAUCAGUAUCACGUUCUGUAACCUUGAGCCUGUUUUAAAUAUUUAAAACGAGUCAUUCCUGCAAACAUUAAAUAUCUCUUUUUUAUUACCUGUUUAGGCAUUAAACCUAAAGAAAAAUG